GCGGAGUAAUUCGUGCUGGUAUCCGCUGAGUGCAUGUGUGCGUGCGCGAGUGCGUGCUACGGCUGCCGCUUGUCAGUCAUUGUGCCGCGAACACGGGUAGCAACAAGGACCAAAAUUCCGUCCGGUAGCAGUUGUUGUCCCUGGGAAGGCUGAUAUUUGCCCCCCCCCCUCCCCAUCAGUACAGACACCCGCUUGUUUAAAGUGCGUCUGCUCUUCAAGGAGAAUAUCUUGUGACACAUUUACCAUGCUUCAAAUAAGGGACCUCAUUUGGGGAUUGCUAUUCAUUGGAUGUGCAGUGGCCAUCCAGGUGCAAAUCACACCAGCACAAGGAGAAAUCAGCGUGGGAGACUCCAAAUUUUUCCUCUGCGAAGUGGUGGGAGAUGCUAAAGACAUAGACUGGUACGCCCCCAGCGGGGAGAAGAUCCUCCCCAACGGGCAAGACAUUUUCGUGAGCCGCAGCGAUGAAGCCUCGUCGACCCUCACCAUCUACCACGCCAACGUGGACAGCGCUGGUAUCUACAAGUGUGUGGCGAAGAACGAGGGCAAGGAGGCCCAGGCCACGGUCCAAGUGAAGAUCUUCCAAAAGAUCACCUUCAAGAGUGCUCCCAGCCCUCAGGAGUUCAACGAGGGCGAUGACGCUGACAUCGUCUGCGAUGUGGUCAGUUCGCCGCCACCCACCAUCAUUUGGAAGCAUAAGGGCUCCAAGAUCCAGGUUGCCAAAGACGUGCGUUUCAUGUUCAUGGAAAAUGGCCACCUGCAGAUCCGCGGCAUCAAGAAGACAGAUGAGGGCAUGUACAACUGUGAGGCCCGCGUCAUGGCCAGGGGAGAAAUUGACUUCAAGAUGAUCAAGGUCGUUGUUAACGUUCUCCCCACCAUUCGAACCAGGCAGGCAGAAGUCAACGCUACCGCAGACAUCGGUAGCUCUGCUCUGUUGGCCUGCGAUGCAGACGGAUUCCCUGAGCCCACCGUCACCUGGGCGCAUAACAACAUUGUCCUUGAAACGGGUGAUAAGUACAGCCUGAACGAGGAUGGUUCAGAAUUGGUAAUAAAAGAUGUCAAGAAAGUGGAUGAAGGAGAUUACACUUGCAUCGCCAAGAACAAGGCAGGGGAGAAGGCAGAGGAAGUCAGCCUGAACGUGUUUGUGCAACCGAAAAUUACCUACCUGAAUAACCAGACGGCCUCGGAGUUUGAUGAACAGGUCACCCUGACCUGCCAGGCCUCGGGCGACCCCACACCCACCAUCUCCUGGAGUUUUGAAAACACGAUAUUCGCUGAAGGAGACCAGAACCUUGAUAAAAAUAUUGUGGUGCGCAGCCACGCACGGGUGUCCUCUCUCACCUUGAAAAACGUCCAGUUCACGAAUGCCGGCCAGUAUUUCUGCACCGCCAGCAACUCCAUCGGCCAGGACAGCCAGCGCAUGUACCUGGAGGUCCGCUAUGCUCCAAAGAUCCUGGGUUCGGUGACAGUGUACACGUGGGAGGGAAAUCCGGCCAACAUCAGCUGUGUGGUGGAGGCCCACCCUGGAGCCUCAAUGGUUUGGUUCAGAGACGGCCUCCAGCUGCCCUCCGCCAACACCACCAACAUGAAGAUCUACAACACACCGACCAUCAGCUACCUGGAGAUUACCCCUGAUUCUCAGAAUGACUUUGGGAGCUACAACUGCACUGCAACCAAUAAUAUGGGCACAGAAUCCAAGGAGUUCCUCCUCAUCCAAGCAGAGGUGCCAUCAUCGCCAGAAAUUGAACAGGUGCAGCCUUUCUCCAGCACAGCAGUGGUAGAGUUUGAAGAGCCCGAAUCCAUGGGUGGAGUUCCCAUUAUCAAGUACAAAGUGGAAUGGCGUUUGCCUGGCCAGGAUUGGACUGCCAUGGAGUACAACGCCAAGGAAGACUUGACCAAGAUCACCAUUGUUGACCUGAAGCCUGAGACCAUCUACGAGGUCAGGAUGUCCGCCAUCAACGGCAAAGGCGAAGGCGAGAGCAGCCAGGCCAGAACUUUCAAGACUGAGCCAGUCCUUUCAUCAGAGGUCCCACCCCAUAUCGCUGCCACCAGUAUGGCCCGUAAAGGAGAACCCAGUGCCCCAAAACUAGAUGCCAAUGUCCAAAACAGGGGCAAUAGUUAUAAGGUCAACUGGAUCAAGCAGGACGAUGGCGGCUCCCCCAUUAAGCACUACCUGGUCAGAUACAAGGCUAAGCACGCUGACUGGAAACCAGAGAUCCGCCUUCCCCAUGGCAGCGAGUAUGUGGUGCUGAGCGGCCUGGACUGGAAUACAGAGUAUGAGGUCCAUGUGGUGGCAGAGAAUCAGCAGGGCAAGUCUCAGCCUGCCACCGUGUCCUUCAGAACAGCCAUAGAGCCCACCACCAUCCCAGACGCCAUGGGCGGCGGGUCAGGCCUGGGCACCGGAGCCAUCGUAGGCAUCCUCAUUGUUGUGUUUUUCCUGCUGCUGGUGGGCGUGGACGUCACCUGCUACUUCCUCAACAAGUGUGGGCUCCUCAUGUGCAUCGUUGUCAACUUCUGCGGGAAGGCCGGGCCGGGAGCUAAGAGCAAAGACGUGGAGGAGGGCAAGGCAGCAUUCACGAAAGAUGAGUCUAAGGAGCCCAUCGUUGAGGUGAGAACAGAAGACAACACCCCAAAUCAAGAAGGAGGGGGUCCCACCGAGCCUAACGAGACCACACCUUUGACAGAACCUGAGCCUGCUGCUGCAGACACCACCUCCCCGGUGGUAAACUUGCUCCCCUCCACCGCCACUAACUCAGUUGCUGAGAGCUUUAGCACGGCGCAGAGCAGUCCUGCUAGCGAGAGUACCGCGCUAACCGCCAGCGCCUCCAGCCCAACCAAAGCCGCCCCUGCCAAGUCCUCCCCCCAAAAUCGCCCUGCUGCCCAGUCUAGUUCACUUAAAGCUAACACUCAACCUGAUGUUGGGCCCCUGGUUGACCUGAGCGACACCCCUAAAGUUCCCCCCUCAUCCAACCCAGCACCCUCAGAGCCAGCCAGCCCUCCCUCUGCUAAUGCCGACGGGCCACAGAGCCAACGUGACCCAGUCAAAGCCCCUGACAGCACCCAGAAUAAGGACUUAGUAGACGACCUGACCAAGGAUGUGCCCAAUGCCCCGUGCACAGACUCGACCACACCGGCCCAAAAUGACGGUAAGACUGUGAAGGACGAAAACACCAAAGGCGAGACGGAGGUGAAGAACGCCACGGCCGAGGUGAAGACAGUUCCCAACGAGGCUCCCCAGAUGAAUGGCAACGAAAGUAAAGCGUAAUUUCUUUGCCCAAGAGCAGCCGGAGAAAGAGGGUGGUUGGGGUAAGGAGGGUGGUUGGGCGUGGGCUCUUAAGGUUAAUGUGGGGAUGGGGGAUCGGGGGGAGGGUCACAGUCACUGAAACCUCAAAGCGUUGUCACACACCAUCCCAUCGCAUCAGAAAAAAAACGACAAAAAGCAACAGAAAAGCUAAAAAAAAGAAGAAAUGACGGAUCUCUUUCAGUGUCCUCUGACCAGGAAAAUGUAAAGACCUCAUGCACAUGCCUUAGUUCCUUUUACGUCAGUUUCUAUUGUUUAUUUGUCACGGAAAAGGAGAAAUUCAUACCUGUAGUUCACCGUCUCUUGUAUGUAAUAUUAAACUGAUCAACUGUUAAAUACGGAACAGAAUAUGUUUCUUCUAGAUAAGCACGGAUGGACUUUAGCUUUAUUUCACUGCCCACACACACGUUAAGUCUGGCACAUUACCAAUACUACUAUUCUUAUGCAUUAUGGUCAUCAUCGUGGUAAUGGAUUAUGGGUCUUUUUUUCCCUUUGUCAAUAUUUUGCUGUGUUUAAAUAAUGUGCAGAUGUUACUGCCUAUUUAGCUUUUUUAAUGUGUUAUUUCCAGGGCUAGAUAUUAGAACAUUAGCAUGCCUGUUUUUGCAAAGUUACUGUAUUUUCUGUACAUGUUGCUGUCAUUUUGUUCCUCUUUAGAUGUCUUUUUUUUUUUUUCUUAAAUGUUGGCUCCAUAAGUUUCUGGUCUAGAAAUCAUUUAGUCUAAGCUAUGAGAAACAGAAGAAGACACCAGAGAAAGAUUUGUCAUGCCGCUACAGUCAGGGUUCAGGGGUUUCAACCCUGUCCCCCAAAAGGUCAUGUAUAUUAGUAAAUGGUUUUGCCUGAUAUGUCGUGUAAGAAACAUAACUGCUACUCGCUAAGAGUUUUUUCUUGUGUUCAAAGCUUCUAAAUUGAGUAAGGACAGCUGCGAGUGGUUUGCUUCUCUGUUCUCAUCAUGUUAAAAAUUGUAAUCUGGAUGAAACUGAGUUUCUUUUGAGAUGUAUUUGCUCUCCAGCUGCAUAUGAAGGCCAUUUUUAGGAGAGAGGGUUGGGGUGGGUUGAAGGUUUAUAAAAUGGUCAUGUUGAAGCUGUGUUCUUUUUCAGGGGCCUCAUCCCUCAAAGUUCAUUUUUCCAGAAUCUGAAGGAAACUACUGGUGUGUCCUUUGUGUCUUAAGUAUCCUAAAAUCCACCAGUCAGUUGUUCUUUCUGCUUUCAGUUCUCAUCAACCCGUUAAAUCAGAAAAUGAUCACAUGGCCAAGUGUAGCAGGAGUAUUCAUGUGGUCACUGGUAAAUAUGUUAUGAGAGCUGGAGAAAUGAAAACGGAUCCUUCAGGACUUAAAGCCAGGCUUAAAGUUCACUGUGUCUUCUUGGAGGUAUCCGUGUAGUGAACGGUCAGUAAUAUACACAGAUUUAUCCACAUCGUGGUACUCUGUUCACCACUCGUGUAUUGAAAAGAAACACCAGAACUGAACUAUGAAACGUCCUGGGCUGUCAGAGGGCAAAUUCCUGCUGGUAACGUGUCAAAACCAAUUAGUGUUGGUCUCAGGAUGGGAGCUAAACAUCACGUUAAGCUGAACGCUCUGCAGUAGUAAUAAUAAUGGUGAUCUUUCUUUGGAGGAGGUGGCGCCUGCGAAGGGACACAGCGUCUGUGUGAGUUGUUACUGUCGUCGUUUGCUUUCCUUUAGAUCAGCGUGUGAACACACCUUUUCCUCCUCCUCUCCCACACACGUACACACUUCACCUUUUCCAGAGGCCUCCUGUAAACGUUUCGGACCAGCUGGCCAGCGACUCAAAAGGCUGCAAGUGUUCUGCCCAAACACUUUCAGGCAGCAGGUUUGGACUGCACAGCAGACAUGUUUGCUUGUCAGCCAAACCUGCUUAAUUCCUGACACUCCUUUCCAACGCCUGCAGCCGGUCUCGAACAUCACACUGAGUCUGUUUUCUUGGCUUUAACCAUCUUUACCUUCUUCUCUGGUUCAUAGCCAUUGUUGCCUUCUCUGUGCUAACCGCUAUUGUUCACUGCUCUGAUUGGUCUGAGGAAAUUUGUGCACCUCUGAGUGACCAAACUGCUGAUGCUCUCAGCCAUCAUUUCCCCCCCUUUCACCAUCAGCUCCUGUCAGUGUGCGUUUGUGUCACCAUUGCUUCCGCCAUCUUGCAUUUCAGUCUUUAAUUAGUUUGUGCCUGCAGUGAUGUAACAUGUAUUGUAGGUUUAGUACAGUUUACCACUUUAUACAAAAUUCACUUUAUCACAUUAUUCUGAGCACAAGGUCCUCCUACUGGAAAUUUUCUGGAAAAUGUCUGGAAAUGAUGAGAUGAGCCACAGUUGUCCUAGAAGUUUUCUCUUUAUCUGUUUUGCCUGGCCAAAUAUUAAAGGCCACUCUAAAAAUGCAAAACAGAAAUUCAGAUUUGUUAAGCUGAUCAAGUAAUACAAAUUCACAAAGAGCAAACACAUUUUUUGGGGCGAGUUUGGCUUCAGUAGUACCACUUUAAAGGACUUUUAAAGCACCAUUUCUUUUUUUUCUUUUUUUUGCAGUUUAGCCCAUUGGUUUACCCAGCAUCUGAGAGGAUUCAUCACACGAUCGUUACCCGUGCCUCCUAUAAACAUUUCUGUUCAGUGUGCAUGUUCAAUACCCUCAUACCCCGCAGCUAAAAAUAUGCUAAAAACAACAAAGCGUACCAGGCAGCUGAGACCUGUAGUGCAUUUAAUUGCAUGUAAAUAAAUGUAACCAUUUUACUGCUGAAACCUCUGAUGAACUGCUACAACCAUGAGAGCAAGCAGGAAAAUGCAUUUAUUUUGGCGUGUGGCGGUUAUUACAAUCCUUGCUGUUUUUAUCAGGGCAAGUCUCAUUUGGCUCAUUUUAAUGCAGACAUCGGUCGUCUAAACCCUGCAGGCGUUUUCAGAGGGAUGGUUAGAAACACAACCAAAAGAAUGAACCUUCACUGAAAAACAUUCCUCUUCAUGGUUGCUAUUAGAAAGUCAGCUUCAGCUGGCCAGGGAAAACACGAGUCACGUGAUCAUCAUCAGCUCCUUAUUUAACCAGCAUUCAACUGCUGAAGUGCUUCUUACAGGAGGGGAGGCUAACAGCAGCCCUGCUCUGUUUAUUGGAGCAACAUCUGCAGCCUCCUGCUCCUCUGUCACCAGCAUCAGCGUGUCUCCGACCAGCUCAGAACAUCCACCAGGCAGCUCCGCCUUUGUACUCUUGUCUUAAUGAUGAAAACUGAGACUCCGGAUGGUGUCGGUUUGCCGUGAUUAUUCAGCACACUCCAUCGCAUGCACACGGAACAGAAAUCCUGAGGUGACUUUGUUACCCGUCUUUUCGAUAACCAAUGAGCUAAACUUACAAAUUAAAAGUCUAAGCCCCAACAAGCGACAAUAAAGAAAGCCUGAGCAGUCACAGACGUUAAAAGGCUUCCUGUGGAAAACAGUGCUGAGCAGCACAACUCUGAAAUGUGGCUUAAACUGAGAGACUAAUACUGGGUCUGUGUCUGUAAAUGAAUGUACGCUCUCAAGCCAUUAAGCCUUUCAGCUGCCCUUUUUUUUUUUUUGUUUAGUUUUGUUUUGUUUUGAACGAAAAAGAAUAUGUGGCCUCUUUUAACCAGCCAGGAAGGAAUUUGGUCUGUGGUGUCUAAAGUUUUCUUUUAAUGCAUCGAAAGUUAAAUCAGAGGAUUUCAAAAAUGUUCUGUAGCAGCCUGCUGUGGAUUUGGAAGGUAAUUAAACAAGUCUGACCCUUUUGUGUACAGUGUUCCUCCUACUUUAGACUGCAAGCUAGUACACUGUGAAUGUGUGAAUCCAUUGUCCUUUGUAGUAGAGUUGAGCAAAUAGUUUGAUUGUGAAACGAUGUAGCUGAUAGUAUGUGACCGCAUUCCCAGAAGUCUGACAGCAGCCAACUGGAAAGACACAGUGCCUUUGAAUGAGAAAAUAACGGCAUGCAUUCCAUUCCUCUCACUGUCUGUCCAUUAAAGGUUUCACAUCUCGCUCUUCCUGCCAAUUUGCUGUUUCAUUUACUGCACUUCACAGGUGUGAGUUAAGCAACGUUUUAUUCAGAUUGUGUCAUAUAUUCACAAAUGUUCCGGUUUAUAUGAUGGGUCUAUUGCACCGUCCUUGUUAAAGGAUCAUUCUGGGUUAUCAUUUUUAUUGCUGUGAUGAACACUGUGCUCGCCAGGUAAACGACUGACACCUGUGAAAGUGGGUCUGGGUUGUGAGCCAAACUGAUUGGGAAAAGGAGCGAAGGUGAACGGCAACAUCUCAGCUGUUCGCCACAGUUUACACACCGACUUCCUGGCUUGACCAGAGGACUGUGGACCGUCCAGCCUGACGUGCAUCAGUACAGUUCAGGUUAAAAACAAAAACAUCAGACUGAAACUGAAAUGGACUUUAGGAUCUGAAAGCCAGAGUCACUAACAUCCCAGGUGUGCUCACUUUCCCUUUUAAUUUCCACAUAAAGUGAGUGACACCCUGACUGACUGCUGGAGCUUCUUGUCUGACCAGACUUGGUUAGCACAGUGUUAGCAAAGCAAAUAAAAAUGAAGGCCAAAGCUACAAAAGAGAGAAACAAACUGGAAUUACUCGUAAAAGAAAACGUGGACACACUGACACGUCAUCCUAUAAAACAGGCAUCACUUAAGUACAGCAGUCCGUCACACAUCAGACCCCCUCAUCGCUUUGCUCAGGUCCCGUGUUCUCCAAACUGUCUGAAGCUGUUGGAUUUGUCAGAAGCAAGCAUGCAAAAUACAUUACAAAAGCAUAACACCACAGUUUUGAUUAAAUAAUGAAAGCUU